GGGGUUGGGGUUGUGUCGCAAGAGAUUUAGCAAGAAAACUGGGAGAUUCUGAAACAAAUACAAUAAUCUAGGAAACACUUUCAUUGUAUCACAAUUGUUUUCACCAAUUUAAGACAGAUGUAUGACGCAACGUUGGACAUCAGAUUGGAGUUUUUUAAGUAUAGGGCUAUAAUUUGCUUUAAACAGUCAGUGUAUAAAAGAGUAAUAUAAAGUCCCCACAUAUUAAUCCAGCUACUGUGGUCUACAUGGUCUCAUAAACACGAUCACUAAUCUGUGAUCUUUGAUCAGACUUUAGUGAGAAAUACGAGAUCACUGGAUCACUGUAUCGUUCCCUUUCACUUGUGAACACUGGAUAAUAUUUUAACUAAGUGCUUUUAGAACAAUGCAGGACUUUACCCUCACACUUUACCCUCACACUUUACCCUCACACUUUACCCUCACACUUUACCCUCACACCUGGAUUCUGUAUUUCAUUACGUACUAAACACUUUUCUUCUAACAGAGUUGCACUGAACCUCUGAUGGCUCACGUCAGCCUAAGGAAUUUGCUAGGAUUUUUUAUCUUAACUGUGCAAAGUGUAACAAAUGCUGAAGAUGCCACCAAACCAAACUUCAUACUCAUGAUGGUUGAUGAUCUGGGGAUUGGGGAUGUCGGAUGCUAUGGAAACAAUACGAUAAGAACCACGAACAUCGACAGGUUAGCGAAGGAAGGCGUGACACUGACUCAGCACAUUGCUGCUGCUCCUCUCUGUACACCGAGCAGAGCUGCGUUCAUGACCGGACGUUAUGCUCUGCGUACAGGUCUUGGAAGUACUGGAAGAGUACAGGUGGUCUUGUUCCUUGGGGCUUCAGGAGGUCUUCCAUCCAAUGAAACCACGUUUGCCAAACUCCUGCAAAAGCAGGGUUACACUACAGGAAUUGUGGGAAAAUGGCACUUAGGUGUGAGCUGUAAGAGCAGGAACGAUCACUGUCACCAUCCCAACAGCCAUGGCUUCGACUACUUUUAUGGUCUUCCCUUCACCCUGUUUAAUGACUGCAAACCUGGACAUGGCACAGAUGUGCUCAGAGACCUUCAGAAGCUGCUGUGGCACAUUUCCAUGCUAUUGGCGCUGGCAUUGUUGACGCUAAUCACAGCUAAAUUCACUGGACUUCUGGAAGUCAGCUCCAGGAUGCUUGUGUUCCUGAGCGUUGUUUAUGUACUUGGAUUUUUGACUUGGUACGUUCCGUUUGCAUUCCUACAAACCUGGAAUUGCAUCAUCAUGAGGAACCAGGAUGUAGUGGAACAACCGAUGAACCUGGACACACUAACUGGAAAGCUGAUGAAUGAGGCGGAGCAGUUUGUAGAGAGAAAUCAGAACAGACCCUUUUUGCUGUUUCUGUCUCUGCCUCAUGUCCAUACGCCACUGUUCAUCUCCAAACAGUUUGCGGGGAAAAGCAAGCAUGGCGUUUACGGAGACAACGUGGAGGAAAUGGACUGGAUGAUUGGCAGGAUGGUAACGAUAGUCGAGAAGCUGAACCUUUCUGAAAGGACUCUGAUGUACUUCACGUCUGAUCAUGGAGGAGAUAUCUGGAUUUCAGACUCACAAGGUCACAUAGGAGGCUGGAAUGGAAUUUAUCGAGGUGGUAAAAACACGGCUGGUUGGGAAGGUGGCAUUCGUGUUCCUGGAAUAUUCCGGUGGAAAAAUCGUCUUCCAGCCGGGAAAGUCAUUAAUGAGCCUACCAGUUUAAUGGACAUAUUACCUACUAUAGUGAAUCUAGCAGGAGGACAGCUGCCUAAUGACAGGAUUCUGGAUGGUCAUGACCUGCUGCCGCUGUUAGAGGGAAAAACUAAGCGUUCAAAACACGAGUUCAUGUUUCACUACUGUGGUGUUUAUUUGAGUGCAGUUCGCUGGCAUCCUCCUGACAGUGACUCAGUCUUUAAAGUGCACUUCUUCACUGCCAAUUGCGAUGGCACACAAUCAUGCCUGUGCCAUGGUGACAUCAUCACACACCACGACCCGCCACUUGUCUUCGACAUGACCUCUGACCCCUCAGAGGCGGUACCUUUGACGGCAGAGAUGGAGCCACGUCACAGCGAGGUGUUGCGGCGCGUACAAGAUGCCGUGCAGGAACACCGGCGGACACUGAUGCUCCCUGAGAACCAGCUGUCAUGGCCGAACGCGCUGUGGAAGCCAUGGUUACAGCCGUGCUGCGGCGUUUUCCCGUUCUGCUCCUGCUUGGAGUCUUGAAGGACAUUAUAAUAGCAUGUGUAUUUAUGGACAAAGGAAUUUCAAUUCUGUUCAAGACAAAUGACUUGUGAACUUUUAUCACAAGCUUCACAAGAUUUAUUUUGAUGUCAGAUUUAUCUAAUAAACAGCUCAGCAUGUC